AUGGUGAAACCACCAGAAAUCGCUCAUCUUUUAGAAAGACAAGAAGCAGCUACAGCAGCCACUGAAACAUGGGAUCUACUUGGUCAACCUUCUGGCAAGUUUGACUAUAGAGUCAGAUAUGACCCUCCCUCAUGGUUCAGAAAUCCAGACUGCGAAGAGAUAAUUCCUACAGACUGGGAUGAUACAGCACCCAGGAGUUCUGAUAAAUCUCCCACUCAGGAAAAUGUUCCAGAAGAAUAUGAUGAUGCCAUCUCUGAGAUAUUCAGAGCAACUCCAAUGAAAGUCACUGCCAUGAUGAAUGAUGAUUUGAACUUACCCUACUCAGACGAUGAGAUCAAAGCAACUUUGUUUCAAAUGCAUCUCCAAGAGAUCAGUUCAAAGGUCGUUGCAAAUAGGUUGAAAAAAUGUCUUCUGGAAAUCAUCUCUCCACUUCAAAGCGCUUAUGCUCCUGGAAGAUUAAUUUCAGACAACACUUUGGUUGCUACUGAGGUUGCUCAUUUCAUGCACAAGCUUAAAACUCAGGAAGAAGGUUUCUUUUCUCUCAAGCUUGAUAUUAGUAAAGCUUAUGACAGGCUUGAAUGGCCUUUUCUUCAGUCCAUGGUGAACCAUCUAAACAAAUCUACCCUACUAGGGGUAUCAGACAGGGUGAUCCUCUAUCACAUACCUUACUUAUUUAUAUUGUGUGCUGAGGGUGGAUUUCAAAGUGAAUUGGCUACAAUUUUGGAGGUUGAACGUGUAGAGGAACAUGACCGGUAUCUGGGACUCGCUAUGCGUGUUGAAAAAUCAAAAACUCAGAUUUUCCAAUACAUAAAGGAGAAACUAUCCAACAAGAUGGAAAAUUGGAAAGCAAAAAUAUUAAGUUGUGCAGGCAAGGAGAUUUUGAUCAAAGCAGUGGCUCAAACUAUGCCAUUAUAUGCUAUGAAUUGUUACUUGCUACCAAAGACAUUAUGUGAUGAUAUUCACAAGCUUUGUGCCUCUUUCUUCUGGGGCGACACAAAUGACAAAAUGAAAAUUCAUUGGAGAAGUUGGAAGAGACUCUGUCUGACUAAGCAUGAAGGAGGUAUGGGGUUUAAAAAUAUUUAUGCUUAUAAUCUUGCUAUGUUAGCUAAGCAAGGUUGGAGGAUUGUUACGAACCCUACUUCUUUUAUUGCUAGACUUUAUAAAGCCAAAUACUUUCCACAUUGUGACUUCUGGCAGGCUGAACUUGGAGAUGCACCCUCCUUUUCUUGGCGUAGUAUCCUAGCUGGUAGUCCGAUUUUGAAAGAUGGCACCAAAUAG